AUGAACGACACAGUAACUAUCCGGACUAGGAAGUUCAUGACCAACCGACUGCUUCAGCGGAAACAAAUGGUCAUCGGUGUUCUUCACCCUGGAAAGGCAACAGUACCUAAAACAGAAAUUCGGGAAAAACUGGCCAAAAUGUACAAAACCACACCAGAUGUCAUCUUUGUAUUUGGAUUCAGAACUCAUUUGGGUGGUGGCAAGACAACUGGCUUCAGCAUGAUUUACGAUUCCUUGGAUUACGCGAAGAAGAAUGAGCCCAAACAUAGGCUUGCAAGACAUGGCCUGUAUGAGAAGAAAAAGACCUCAAGGAAACAGCGAAAGGAACGCAAGAACAGAAUGAAGAAAGUCAGGGGGACUGCAGAGGCCAACGUUGGUGCUGGCAAAAAGGAGUAA